GCACAAUGUCUCAGGAAGGCAGUUACGGGAAGUGGACGAUAUCCAGUAGUGAUGAAAGCGAGGAGGAAAAACCAGCACCGGACAAGCCGUCCAGCUCCCUUCUUGCCCACUCCAGGCAGGGUGCCCCCAAGGAGCCCAGCUACACGUGCUCUGAGGCCCGGAGAGCUGCCCACCGGCGGAAGCUGUCCCCCGUGAAGUUCAGCCAUGCGGAGUCCAUUGCAGAAGCGUCACCUCCUAAAAAGCAGAAAAGUGGCCCCCAGGAAGGCCUUGGCUGGUGCCUGUCCAGCAGUGACGACGAGCUGCAGCCCGACGGGCCACAGAAGAAGGCCGGGCGGCCUGAAACGGAGGAGCAAGGCCCCACUGCUCCCAAAGACGGUGCCCAGACAGCAGCUCUCAGCGCCCCCGCCAGGCAGGGGCUCCCAGAGGGGCAGGAGGAUGAGUAUGAGACGUCGGCUGAAGGCCAAGACAUGUGGGACAUGCUGCAGAAAGGGAACCCCUUCCGAUUCUACCUCACCAGGGUCUCGGGGGUCAAGCCGAAAUACAACUCUGGGGCCCUGCACAUCAAGGAUAUUUUAUCUCCUCUAUUUGGGACACUUGUGUCAUCAGCUCAGUUUAACUACUGCUUCGAUGUGGACUGGCUGAUAAAGCAGUACCCGCCGGAGUUCAGGAAGAAGCCGGUCCUGCUGGUGCACGGCGACAAGCGAGAAGCUAAGGCUCACCUGCAUGCCCAGGCGAAGCCCUACGGAAACGUCUCCCUCUGCCAGGCAAAGUUGGAUAUUGCAUUUGGAACACACCACACGAAGAUGAUGCUGCUGCUAUAUGAAGAAGGCCUCCGGGUGGUCAUCCACACCUCCAACCUCAUCCACGCCGACUGGCACCAGAAAACCCAAGGCAUAUGGCUGAGCCCCUUGUACCCACGGAUUGUUGACGGAGCCCACACAGCUGGAGAAUCGGCAACCCACUUUAAAGCCGACCUCCUCAGCUACCUGGAGGCCUACAACGCUCCUCCUCUCAAGGAGUGGGCAGACGUCAUCCGCCAGCACGACCUCUCCGAAACGAACGUUUACCUCAUUGGAUCGACUCCAGGACGCUUCCAGGGAAGUCAGAAGGAUAAUUGGGGCCAUUUCAGGCUUCGGAAGCUGCUGAGGGAACAGGCCGCCCCCAUUCCCCAGGCGGAGUCUUGGCCGGUGGUGGGCCAGUUCUCCAGCAUUGGCUCCAUGGGCGCUGACGAGUCAAAAUGGCUGUGCUCUGAGUUCCAGGAGAGCCUGGCGAGCCUGGGCAAGGAAAGCCAGGCGCUGGGCAGGAGCGCCACCCCGCUGCACCUGAUCUAUCCUUCCGUGGAAAAUGUGAGGACCAGCUUAGAAGGCUACCCUGCCGGCGGCUCUCUUCCCUACAGCAUCCAGACAGCCGAGAAACAGGCCUGGCUCCAUUCCUAUUUUCACAAGUGGUCGGCCGAGACGUCCGGCCGCAGCCAUGCCAUGCCGCACAUCAAGACGUACAUGAGGCUCUCCCCAGACUUCCGGCAGGUCGCUUGGUUCCUUGUCACCAGCGCAAAUCUGUCCAAGGCCGCCUGGGGAGCCUUAGAGAAAAACGGUGCCCAGCUGAUGAUCCGCUCCUACGAGCUGGGGGUGCUUUUCCUGCCGUCGGCCUUCGGCCUGGACAGCUUCAAAGUGAAACAGAAAUUCUUCUCAGGGAGCCAGGAGCCAGCAGCCUCCUUUCCAGUGCCGUACGAUCUGCCUCCGGAACUGUAUGGAAACAAAGACCGCCCGUGGAUUUGGAACAUCCCUUAUGUCAAAGCGCCAGACACGCACGGGAACAUGUGGGUUCCCUCCUGAGAACCCGAAAGCUCCGGAGAUGCAUGAGAUGUGGAGCCACAACCCCGGGUCCUGUCUGCACUGGUGUGUACCCUGAGCCUGUGUCUGCGUCCCCACUAAACCCUGCAGGGUCCAGCUGCCGGAAGUGGGAGACGGCCGUACUUUCAGAGGCCAUCGUUAGCGUUCUCACGUUUUAUAAAAAAGAUAUUUUCUUAAUUCAUUUUUUAUACCUUGGAAUGAAAGUAUUAAACUGCACAGUGUCAAACAGG